CAAUGCUUGAUGCCUUAUUGUUCCACACCAAUCAUUUAUCAGGCUCUUUGCCUCAAGAACUGGGUAAUCACACCAACCUGAUCUACCUAGAGAUAAGUGACAACAAUUUUUUUGGUUACAUUCCUCCAAUGAUCUGUAAAGGAGGUGCGCUUCAAAAUCUUAUUGCAGAAAACAACUACUUUGAGGGCCCCAUUCCAAGAAGUUUAAAAAAUUGCUCUAGCUUAUUUAGAGUUCGCCUCGAAGGAAAUAAGCUUGAAGGAAAUAUCUCCGAAGACUUUGGGAUAUACCCGAAUCUAGACUACAUUGACAUGAGCUACAACCAAUUAUAUGGCCAGAUCUCACCAAGUUGGGCACAUUGUCAAAAUUUGACAUGCUUUAGGAUUUCAGGAAACCUACUUACUGGGAACAUACCCCCUGAAUUGGGAAAAUUGCUUCAGUUAGAAGUACUGGACCUUUCUUCAAAUCAACUUGCAGGAGAAAUACCAAGAGAGUUAGGUGCCAUGAGCUUGUUGUUCAACUUGACUUUGAGUGAAAACAAAAUAUCUGGAAUAAUUCCCUCGGAGUUUGGAAAAUUAUCCAAUCUGGAAAUUCUUGAUUUAUCAAACAACAACAUCAGCAGCCCAAUACCACCACAAUUAGAGGGUUGUAUUAAACUGCGCAUCUUGAAUUUGAGCAAAAAUAAAUUUGAUGGGAUCAUUCCGUCUCAACUUGGAGAGUUAAAAAGAUUGCAAGAUUUACUAGAUUUGAGCCAUAAUUUUUUUGGAGGAGAGAUACCAUCACAAUUGGCAAGUUUGACAUAUUUAAUAUCUUUGAACUUGUCCCACAAUAAUCUGUCAGGUGCCAUUCUUUCAUCUUUUGGAAGCAUGUUGAGUUUGUCAUUAAUAGAUGUAUCGUACAAUAAUUUGGAGGGCCCAGUUCCAAGAAGCAAAUUGUUUCAAAAUGCUCCAGCAGAGUGGUUUAUCCAUAACAAGGGUUUAUGUGGUGUGGUGGUAAAUUUGCCUUCUUGUGAAUCAACCACUGCAAGCACUCAUCAUUCAACUAAAAACCACAUUAUACUCUUUGUUUUCACUCCUAUAUUGGGCAGCUUGGUUGUUUUAGGUUUGUCUGCUAUCAUCAUUGCUGCUCUUUGUGGGAGAGGAAAGCCUACAGAGAAAAAGGAUACUAAUGUUAUUAUUGGCGAUCUAUUUUCGAUAUUGAAUUUUAAUGGAAGAGUUGCUUAUGACUAUACCAUCAAUGCCUCCGAAAAUUUUAAUGAGAAAUAUUGCAUCGGGAGUGGAACAUAUGGGAAAGUUUACAAAGUAGAACUUCCAAUGGAACAAAUGGUGGCUGUUAAAAGACUUCAUCUAGUGGAAGGCGUAUUUGAUGAGAAAAGUUUCCAGAACGAGAUUCAAGCAUUAACCAGAAUUCGACAUCGUAACAUUAUAAAACUUCAUGGGUUUUGCUCCAGUUCAGGUUGUAAAUUUCUUAUAUAUGAGUACAUUGAAAAGGGAAGUUUAGCUAGCAUCCUUCGGAAUCAAGAAACAGCAGAGGAAUUGAAUUGGGAGAGAAGAGCUCAUAUCAUCAAAGAUGUGACCCAUGCUUUAUCAUACAUACACCAUGAUUGCAAUCCAUCCAUAGUGCAUCGAGACAUCUCCAGUAAUAAUAUAUUAUUAGACUCUGAUUUUAAGGCUUAUCUUUCAGACUUUGGCACUGCAAGAAUUUUGAAAUCUGAUUUAUCAAAUUGGAGCACACUCGCAGUCACAUUUGGAUAUGCCGCCCCAGGUAAGUCAUUCUUCCCAUUUGUCCUUAUUAUUGUAGUUAUUCUAUUUGUUGUAUAUAUAUUCUUAUACUUUGCUUUAUUUUUCUAUUUCGAUGUCUUAUGCAUUUGAAAAACAGUAGUAUAUAUCUACCAAAUAGAGAUUUUUCAGUAAACCUAUGAUGAUGGUUAUAUCUUUCAUUUGUGAAUCUAUCCGUACCAGAGCUUAGAUAUUUAAAUAAAAGCAAACUAGUGCCUAUAGAUAAUUAAUAUUUUCCAAUGAUGAUUAUAUUAUUUAACUAGUAAUCAUUUAAAGAAAAUAAAAAAUUAAAACUAUUACUAAGCAUAAACUUUAAUUAAUCAAUAAUAACAUUUAUUUUACAAACAUCAAAAUAUUUCCAAAAAUUGAUAUAUAAAUUAAGUUUGGAGACAAGAUUUUGGCAUUGUUGUUAAGUUUGAGAAAAAUUACUUAAAUUGGAAACGAAAAGAUUAUUCCUUCUCUAUUUUUUUGCAGAGCUUUCGUACACGACAAGGACAAAUAAGAAAUGUAAUGUAUACAGCUUUGGCAUUGUAAUAUUAGAAGUAAUAAUGGGAAGGCAUCCAGGUGAUCUUGUCUCCUCCCUAUCUUCAUCAGACGUCCAGCAGAUGCUAUUUAGUGAUGUGUUAGAUCAACGUAUCUCACCUCCUGCAGCUUAUAUGGUAAAAGAAGUGUUGUUGCUAGCUAUUAUAGCAUUUUCAUGCAUCCGUGUUAUACCACAAGCACGGCCAACCAUGCAAAGGAUAUCUCACUUAUUCAUAAGUGGCAACAUUCCAACUAUUCACGAGCCGUUCAGCUCAAUUAAAUUAUGCCAAUUAGUGGAGUUUUUAACAUAGAUGCAGUGCUUAAUAG